AUUUAGUCUAUUGCUCUGACCGCACUUGUCCACUUCCAAGACCAAGUGGUUGGGCUUAUCGGAGGCGUACGCUGCCGUGGAAUUACACAUAAACGGUACUCGUUCAGGUGAUAAGGAUCCAGAUAGCUGGAGCAUUUCCUAUCACAGCUGAUUACCACGAUUGUAGCCGAAACGAUUUGCGGAAAAAAUGACCCUCCAUUCACAAUAUUUGGCACCUUUGGCGCAUGGUUCCGUCAGUCUGCGAUCUACCGGCAAGGAAGUCACCUGCUCUGGACUUCUGUGGCCAUCCUAGUCCAGCGAAACCGACGACGUGUUUACCCAGCCACCAAUAUGCGUGAUAAGAGCCAGGAGCCCUGUUGUCUGCCCCUGAAGGAGGAGUUCCAGCGCUCCAAGUUCUCGCUGCAUUACGAUGAUCCUGGAGCCUUCUGUCGAUCGCAAUGGCAGAAGGGGGAUCGGAACAUCAUCUGGCUGCUCUACCGAUGGUUCCUGGCUGCUUUCUUUGCCGGCGGUGUAAUCAGCAGCUUGGUGGACACCUUUAACGAUGGUCGUUGGUUUAUUUAUCUCACAGAUUGGGGAUUUUCCUUGUGCUUUUAUUCCUGUACCUAUGGAGCGAUAAUAGCCACUAUUUACUUCAUAAAGCCCAAGUAUUUUGCUCCCGGCAGUUGGGCCUUGAAGAUCUACUGGAUUUCCCACUUCACAACUGUAGUUCUAGGCUUGAUGAUCACCCUGGUCUUCUGGGCUGCUCUUUUUCCAACUAUGCCAGAAAUGGGGGACGAUUUGUACAACAUAUGGGCGCAUGCGUUUAAUUCGAUUUGCAUGGUUUUCGACGUCUUCAUGGUCGCCUUUCCCACCAGAAUUAUGCACUUUGUUUAUCCCUACACCGUUGGUCUAACCUAUGGCUUGUUUUCAUUAAUUUACUUCUGGGCUGGCGGAUCAGAUCCAAUGGGAAAUCGCUUUAUUUACUUCAUCUUGGACUGGGAGCGACCUGGUCUGGCCAUUGGAACGGUUUGUGGAUGUAUUGUCCUAGUGAGCUGCUUUUGUGUCUUGGUCUUCGGACUCUACAGGUUACGUAUCUCGAUAUACGAAAGCUGUAGUAAAAAACCUGAGGAAAUUCCAGCCACUGCCAUUCCUCCCAAAGAACCAGCUCAAGUUGUUUGAUUGAAAUUCUGCCAUUCCUUGGGCGACUCCGAAAAAUUUGGUGGCGGUUUUUAGGCAUGAAUCGAUUUUUUGUGUGCAUCAUGAAACCAAAGAUCACAGGACAAGCUUUUAUUUUCAGCAAAAAAUGGUAUUUUUGCUGUAUAUAAAGGAACUAUAUAUAUGUACAUAUAUGAAAUUCUUUUUCUGCAAUUCAUAUUGAAUUUGUAGACAGGAUUUUAAAUAUUAUACUAAGCAAAGCUUGAUCAAAUAUAGCUUUGUUUAAGAAUCAACGUAUUAAUUGUUAAAGAUUUAAUAAACAGAGUAGAAUAUCACUUAUUUUCUUCAUCUUAAAAAUAAAUUACUAAUUUACUAUUUAACGAAACCUACGAACAGUAAAAUCAAGCAAUAACAAAUCUUAAGGAGGUAAAAAAUAGCUACGAUCGCACCUUCAACAUAUAAAAGUUCUGAUAUCAACUUUAUUGACGAAAAUGUAUUAUACGAUCUUUUAAAUAAACACACUUUCUAAAUUUCUCUCUU